AUGCCCCAGCGGGGUCCCGCGCCCCAGCCCCGCCAGCGUGGGAGGGAAGGGGGCGUGAGAGGUGUUAGGGAGGUCCCUCCGCCAGGGACCGGGCACGGCCAAGGGGCGGGGUCAGGCCCUCCCCUCUCUAUGCCUCAGUUUCCUCAUCUGGAAAACGAAGGCGUGGAACCAGGGGGUGGACUCUCGGUGGUCGCUUUCAACCAUAAGCCCGGAUCCCAGCGCGGAAGCCCGGGCACCCGGUCGCCCCCUCCCCCGCACGCUCCCCCGCACUCCCAACGCCGACCCACAACUUACCCCAGCGCGCGCUCCUGGGGGGAGGGAGGGGUGGCCUCUUACCCCUCCACCGGAAGUGGGGGGAACUCCGGGCAAGAGGGACCGAAAGACCCGGGAAACGACCGAGGAGCGGUCCCGGUGAAAGAGGAGAGCCCCUCUGGGCGCUGGAGUGAAGCGUUCGCUCUUUCCACUCCCCCCCUCCCCCGGCGUCCGAGCCCGGCCAGCGGAACCUCGGCCCCGGGGCCAGCCCGCGCUUUUGGCGGGGGAGGGGGAGGGGAGAGGAGGGGAAGAGGCGGAGGGAAAGACAGCUGGUGCGAGCUGCAAAGAGCCGGCUUGAGUCGGCCCCACCCCCUCAUUGGGGACGCCGCGAGACGUCACGAGGUUGGGCUUCCCCUGUACUCUCCCCUCCCCCCCGCAGGGGCUAGGUUCCCGGGGCUCGCGCCAGGCCCCGCCCCUUCGCCCCUCUAUAAAAGGGCGAGCGGGCAGCCGGGGGUUCCCAGACGUGCGAGUGCGCGGGCCAGUGCGGUAUGUUUUAAUGCUAACGGUUCGGAUGAGGGAGUUGGAGCUCGCUCGGAAGUAGGUGAUGGCAGAGGCCUCUUGGUGAUGCCUGGGAGGGAGCAGAAACCCCUCAGCGCAGGAGUAUUUCACCUGGAAUCUGUAUCCGAACUUGGAUGGAAAAAAAAUAUGAACUCUUAA